AUGGGUUUCCCCAAGGCGGCAGAUCUGCCGGUGCCUACGGCGGGCAAGGACCCAAUCUUGCUGCUGGUGCAAUUGGCGAAGCGGCCCCGCAGUAGCCCACCGAAGUCCAAGAAGCUUUUAACAGCCUCGCCGCUGGCCAGGUGCCCCUGUGGUCGCCUGCCAAAGGCUGAGUCGCCCUCCUCGGCCUCACCACUGGCCAAGCGCCCCCAUGGUCGCUCGCUGAAGGCAAACUCACCCUCCUCAGCCUCGCCACCAGCAAGGCACCCCCGUGGUCAGCCGCCAAUGGCAAAGUCAUCCUCCUCCGAUGCGUCGCAGGCCAAGCAUCCACGAGGACGCCCGCCGAAGACAAAGGCGGCCUUCACGGCCUCGCCACCGCCUUAG